GCGUCUUUCCCCACCACCACGCGGCGCACACGCAGCCCACCGCGCGUAGCGUGCGUCAGUCUUUGUGUAUCCACCGUGGACUCCACACGAUGACACGAUGAACAAAGAACGUGGCUGUGAUGCGCCAAAAGCGAGACAAUUCCACCUUAAAUGCCGUCGCGAGCGCCAUCUUCGGUCCACCUUAAGCGCACAUUGUGGCCGACGAUCGGCGAAGUGCCGAGCGGGCUUCCGUAGCGGUCCUCCAGCCGGGGAGUCGCACUCCGCUUUCACACAGCAGCGCCACUUGAGGAACACCGAAUUCACACGUUCUCAGGCCGAACCCCAACGAGAACAUGUCCGGACCCAACAAGUACCGAGAGUGGAUCCUGGAAACAAUUGACUCUCUCCGCUCGCGAAAAGCGCGUCCGGAUCUGGAGAGGAUUUGUCGAAUGGUUCGGAGACGACACGGGUCAGACCCGGACCGAACCAGGGCAGAACUGGAAAAAUUGAUCCAAGAGCAGACUGUGCUUAAAGUUAGCUACAAGGGCUCCAUCUCGUACAGGAACGCGGCCAAGGUGCAGAGGAAAAGCAGAAAGAAGAGUGAAGACCCUGUGAACAACAACGGCGACAGCGCGCUCAGCUUCACCGACCAGGAGGACGACUCGGAGCCCAGCCCGUCUCAGCAUGCAGCGGCCAGCAAGAAGCGCGGCGCUCACCCCAGCCCGAGGAGCGGAAACGAGAGCAUCGGUGGCGACGGGGCGGCGGCGGCGGCGGCGGCGACGGCGGCCCGCCUCAUACAGCGAGAGAAAACAAGUGCGGCCACGGGAGCACACGAGGUGCGUCCCGGUCCCGGCCGCGACGAUGCACUUGGGGGAGACAUGCAGCCGAGUCCGUCCGGGGAUAACGCCCGCAACCAAACUUGCGCAGGAUGCGCCAGCAUACGCAAACAAACAGUGGCCCCGCAGCCCAAACUUCCAGUGGAGGGAGGGGGCACCGAAUCUAACUCGGACCUGGGCGACCGGCUUGUGGCUUCAGUCCGCAGCCUGUCGGAGAGGAGCCACCGAGGGACCGCCGCCGCCGCCGCCGAUGGCACAGGCCCCGCGGAGCCGCUGGGGCUCAAGGAGAUUUGGGGCUGUCUGAGCAACCAGGAGGAGCGUCUCUUCGAGGAGAAGCUGACCGGGGCCAAAGUCAAAGUGGUCAUGGAGAGAGAGGUGGUCAGCGGCAAGCUGCGCGCGACCCGCUGCGGGAACAUUACUCUUCCUCUCAGGGGGGCGACGACGAAGACGGAGGCGUCCGCUGAGAGUCUUGCAAAGAGCGCGCUGCAGCCCGCGAUAAAGGACAUUGAGCCGAUAGAAGAAGCCAGUGAAGAUGAUGGUGUGCAGGAGGACAGUGAGGAUGAGGAGGAUCCCAGGAGUUCUAAUGAAGAAAGAGGACAAUCAUUGGUCCCCAUGACAACCGCAGCAAUCCUGGUUGGCAAAACCAGUGAAGAUAGCGAGAAAACGUCGGAAGAGGAGAGCCUCGGUCAUCAUCUACAUCAUGACCAAGUUGGGGAUCCCCUCAGUAGGACCGAGUCUUCACGUCGUUUGGGUGCUCCUCCAUCUCUGUGCUUCACAGCCUAUGUGGAAGGAAGAUCUGGCACACCUGAUCAGCCACUUAUGGAUGUGCAGAGUCAGAUCCACACCCAGCACACCCAGUCAGGCUUUAACGGUGUUGAAUGUAAGCCAGAAGCAGGCGUGUCCUCAUGUUUGCUCACACCCACCGCUUCCCCGAGAGACACUGGCCUGUCUGAAGAACAAGGGAUGAACGAUGAACAAGUCAGUCAUGGAGGGUUUCAUAAGAUGGAAGGGGCCAGGGGUAGCCCAGCGAACUGGACUGUGUCGGAUGUGGUCACUUAUUUUACCAUAGCAGGUUUUCCUGAGCAGGCCACCGCCUUUGGAACACAGGAAAUCGAUGGGAAGUCACUUCUCCUCAUGCAGCGUAAUGACGUCUUGACUGGCCUGUCAAUCAGACUUGGCCCCGCCCUGAAGAUCUACGAGCGACACGUGAAGGUUUUGCAAAAAACACACUUUGAGGAUGAAGACUGUAUAUGAAACACAUACAGAAUGUAACUCGAAAAAAAAACAUGCACGAAACUAUUACGCUCUCCAAUACACUUCCUGGAAUAAAAAAAAAUAUAUAUAUUUAAAAAUCGUGUAUUUAAAAUAUAUUUAUAAGUGUACACAAACAAUUGAACAAUGUUUCUCGAGGUAAUUUCAACGACAAAGACUGUUUCAAAAACAAUUUCUUUGUCAUGCUACCCCAUGUUUUGCUUCUGGGUGGGUACAGUUUAUCUACCCCUCCAUUGCGGGACAAAUAAAGGAUAUCUUAAUUUUCGAUACCACUUGUACCACUUGUUUCUCGCCGUCUCAACUCACUGUUUUUCAUAUGCAUUUUGCUGCCGUGGAUGACAUAGGAUGAUUGAGACUAAUAUUAGGUAACAUUGAUUGUUUAGUCAUGGAUAUUGAUAUUAGUACUCCCCAGAAGUUCGAUUGUUACAAAAAAGUUAAUCAGUUGAGUGGCUGUUGAGCUAUGUCUAUUAUAUGCAUCAAGAGUUCAGAGACAAUCCUAACAAAAGUGCAACUUGUAAACCACCAUGAAACCAAAUCAAGUGUUUUUGUGCUAAUGUGACUUUAAUAAGAAGCAGAGACUAUCAUCAUACCAGGACAUAUUUACAAAAUGAUCAUAGAUCUUGAAAGUGUGACGUCAUGCUAUUGCCCAAGUGUACCUAAUAUUGUGGAUAAUGCCUGUGGAGAACCAGAUGCUAUAUCUCCAAGGAAUCUGGUACAAGCCUCAACAAAACACAACAUACUUCUUACCUCACACAAACAAUUGAUGUUGUUAAUUUAUAGCAUACACUUGCCAACAGACACGCCAGCUAAGUCAACAGAACAAAUAACUUAAUAUGUACAUAUGUAAAUAUAUUUGGGCUUCUUUGGCAAGAAUUUGUAAAUAACAUACAAGUGAUCCUGCAAGUGAAUCACAGGUUCAAGUCAAUCAGCUGCUGUCACGUCACACAAAGUCCGCCUAUUUAACACAAACUCUCACGACAAACAAACAGUCAAGCAUCUAGUUUGACAGCACAUAAAUGCUUAUUUUGUUAUUGAAAUAUGGAAAUGUUGUUCUGUUUUAUGAAUGGUGUCCUCCACAAGCAUGACUACCUCUUUCAUUUGCCCAUUUUCCACUCUCUUCAAUGUCCAAGAGCAAAUUCUCACUUCACAUUGAGGUGUUUGAUGAACCUUUUCCAUGCAGUUGAGAUGUUAACCAAAUUUCUCUGGUUUUCUCAUGUUGUACAGUCGAGUUUUGUCCUACUUGCUUGUAACCUUUCAGAAUAAAGUCUGAACAAAAGAACACA